AAUGUUGACACCUAAUGGCUGCAUCAACUGUAAUCUCUCUCUCUCUCACUAAAGAUCAAUCUGAACAGUUAUGCAAUAGCUUUUCACCCUUAUCGAUUUCAUUUGGGAUGUGUAGUCAUGCGGGUCAACUUUGCCACUGUGAUUGCAAACCAGAGGACUACAUCUCCCAGCAUGCACAGCGGCUCGCUGCUCCACACUAGUUUACACAUUGAGUGUAGUUCUCUCUUCCACUUGGAGAUCCGCUCUCAUGAUUCACUUCAUUAAUAAAUAAAGAGUUGGGUGUCAUGGCGGAAUCUGCAGCGUGUCCUGCCUUCCAGCUCGGGAGACCUCGAUACGAGCAGGGUUCAUUCCUCGGUCGACUGCGACACUUCAUAGACAUCAUCGACCCCAGCACCCUGUUUGUGUCCGAGAAACGACUGAAAGAAUGCAUGAAACUACUCGAUGACUACAAACAUGGCGAGCUUCCAGCUGGAGUGUCUGAUCAUCAGCUGUGGGAAGCCCAGAAGAUCAAGCAGGCCAUCAUUCAUCCUGACACAGGAGAGAAGAUCUUCAUGCCAUUUCGAAUGUCAGGUUAUGUACCAUUCGGAACACCGAUUGUCAUUGGCCUUCUUCUCCCAAAUCAGACUGUGGUGUCUACCAUUAUAUGGCAGUGGCUGAACCAGAGUCACAAUGCCUGUGUGAACUACGCCAACCGCAACGCCACAAAGCCGACGCCGACAUCCAAGUUUCUUCAAGGCUACGUGGGAGCUGUGACCAGCGCUGUCUCUAUUGCAGUGGGCCUGAAUGUGCUGAUUCAGAAGGCCAACAAGCUGAGUCCUGCCACCAGAAUGAUAAUUCAGAGACUGGUCCCCUUCCCAGCUGUAGCUAGUGCAAACAUCUGUAACGUGGGCCUGAUGAGACACAACGAGCUCUCUGAAGGGAUUGAUGUGCUGGACGACAACGGGAACGUGGUGGGAUCCUCCAAAAUUGCUGCGAGACAUGCAAUCACGGAGACCGCCUUCACACGUGUGGUCCUCCCGAUGCCGAUCUUUGUCCUGCCCCCCAUCAUCAUGUCCUACCUAGAGAGGAUGCGCUUCCUGCAGAGCAACCGCCGGUUGUUGCUGCCCAUCCACAGCCUCGUGUGCCUGGUUACCUUCGGCCUGUCGCUGCCCGUGGCCAUCAGCCUGUUCCCCCAGAUGUCUCAGAUCGAGGUGUCUUGCCUAGAGCCGGAGAUUGCCAUGGCAACAGAUUGCAAGGUGGUGACCUACAACAAGGGUUUAUGAUGGAUGGCGUGGUGUGGGGAGAGCAGAGCAGAGGAUGGAAAUGAGGCUGCAUUGUGAAAUCAGGGAGAAGACCUCUACAGGGAGGCUCCUCUUGUCUUUCUGCUGCAGCAUCAUAACAGAGCCUGUCGACCAUCAUGUACUAACACAGGUUUGUUUUUUAACGGUUCUCAAGAGCCCAGCGACUAUUCAGUCAAGGUUUGACAGAAAGAAGAAGCUGUGUGUAUAGAAAUGACGAUAUAUUUACUGUGAAAUCAUUAGCAUUAAUUAAAUGAUUUUUAAUAUAUACAAAA